AUGCGCUUCACUCCGGUCGUCGCCCUCCUCCCAGCUCUUGCUGUGGCUCAGGAGCAGGUUCCCCUCGCGGACCGUGUCCAGGGCUGGUUCAACAAGGCCAAGUCCUACUUGCCUACUGCCACCCCGGUCGCCCCCGCCGCUGCCGUCGUUGAGAAGGUCGUCGAGAAGACCAAGAUCCAGGAGAAGACCGUCUCCGAGUUCAACUUGACCAACUGGCAGUCCUACCUGGAGCCCGCUUCGGAGCCCCAGGACUGGUUGGUUUACAUCACCGGAGGAAACAAGACUUGCUUCGGUCGCUGUGACAAGGCAGACAAAGCGUUCAAUGAAUCCGUGCUUUUGUUCUCCGCCGAUCCUACCUCCCCUAACCUCGGUAAGCUGGACUGCGAAGAGAACAAGGUUCUUUGCUCUGCCUGGGGUGCCGGUGCUCCUUCGGUCUGGUACCUCCAGGUGCCCCAGGCCCAGCUUGGUGAGGAGCGCCCCACCACUCCCCUCUACACUGUCUACCUGAACUCGACCACCGUGACCCCGGAGACCAUCUACAAGGUCCACUCUGAGAAGGUCUACGAGAAGACCGCUCCUUACGAUGGUCCUCUUCACCCCACGGAUGGCUGGCUUGCUCAGAACCACCUUCUGCUCCCUCUUGGAUAUGUCAUCUACGGCUUCAGUGCCAUCCCCAGCUGGCUCUUCAUGAUCGGCAUCAGCUUCUUCAGCCGUACUUUCAUGAGCCGUCGCCUUGGAAACGUCGGUGGCGCCCCCGCUCCUCGUCCGAACUAG